AUGCGAGCUAUCUGGAGCCGGACUCUCACUUUGGCAUGCUUGCCAACGACCCAAAAGCCCCUUCCCAUAUCAAACGAAUGCCAGAGGGUAAGACGCCCCGAUACCAGGAAGCCAAGACGCCCGAACGCCGAAUUACGAAAUCCUCAAGACCUCGAGGCCGGAUCUCUUCUGGUCGUUGUAACCUCUCUGCCGUUUCUUAUGAUAUCAUCCCAGCAUGCCUUUCUCCCUAUACCUAUCCCCGUAUUCCGUUUUGUCGUCCUUGACCUAGGAGCUCCCAAGUACGUCUCGACUCAUAGUAGGAAAGCGAUGUUCAACAUUGGAACCAAUCUAAGACAGAUGGUUGGCAGCUGGGCGGCGUGUGUUGCUAGCGAAUACGCUCUAGCUGCAUCGCUUGGUCGGCCCAUGUAG